AUGCCCGAUCCAUAUAUGGAUACCGGCCAGCCCGCGGGUUCUGGCCCUGACCCGCAAGCUAUCGAUCCCCUUGAUAUCUUGAUCAGAAGUGCUCUUACUCAAGGUACAAAGAGCGAUGAGCCCAACUCGAAUUCGCUUAACAUCACCUUAUCCAUCGAAGAACAGAGCCAGAAGAUGAAUAGUAUCGCAGAUAUCUUCCAACUGGAGGAGGAUGAAGUGAACGAGGACCAAGAAAUGUUAGACGAAGGUGAAGAAGAUGCAGAGCCAGUCAUUGACCUAGAAGACCAGAGGAGAAGAACCGAGAGGUUAAGAGGAGCCAUGUCGGCACUUGCUCAAUUGUGGUGGGCAGACUCGGAUCAGAUGGAUAUAGCCGUGGAGAAGCUGGCGGAUGGAAGUAGAGAACCAAAGUGGAGAAUACCUAUUGGAGAAUCUGGCAUUCUGAACUUCGUCCUUGAGCUAUUUGGCACACAAACUUUGAAGAAUGCUCUCAAGAUCCAUAUUCUGCGAGUUAUAGGGAAUUCGUGCGCGGACACAGAUGAGAACCGAGCUCGAGUUGUUGCGUCAAAUUAUUUUCCUUCUAUCAUUCUUCAAUUGCAAGAUACCUCGUUACUCCCUUUCGCGGUACCCGUUUUGUACAAUAUUUGCAUAGACUAUGAACCUGCCCAAACACUGGCCUCUGAAUGUUUUCUUACCAAAGAAUUGAUUGAUUUGAUUUCGAGUCCCCGAUUCCAUGAUGCAAAAGCAUUCCUGGGAUACAUUUGCAAGAUUAUCGAUCUCAUGGUUACUCAACCUUCUGAGCUCGAGCUUGCGCCUGCAGAAACACCUCGCAUCCUACUCAAAGUUGCAGCAGAUCGAGAAACUCCAGUUGACAUGGACGAUUUCAUCUCGUUAACUAAUACGGCAAUCUCCUAUCUCCAACAUGAGAGAUUCCAAAAAGAUUUGAUUGAACAGGGUGCUCUCGAUGCAACACUAGCUGUUCUGGUGGACUCAUACACUCGCUUCGACUCCCACCCCUCCAUAGGUGUAGCUUCAGGCGAUCAAGAUGAUGCAAAAGCUCUUUCAAACAUGCGAAGCAACUUCAAUCAAGUUCUAUCGGAUAUUUCUGCUCUUCCAGAAUUUCAACAAGCUGUUCCUGUCGUCUCACCCUUCACAGCCUCGCUACGUCGCUGGCUGUUGAGUCCACAAUUACAGCUCCAAGUCUGUGCAUGCAUCAUACUUGGUAAUCUCGCACGCUCAGAUGAGGCUUGCAUACAGUUCGUUCACACAUCUGGCGUUCACAUACCUCUCGUUACUAUCCUCAAAGAUGCAACGGACUCGCAAUUACUACACGCCGCCAUUGGCUUUCUGAAGAAUCUUGCCAUGCCCCCUAAGAACAAAGAAAUUAUAGGCUCUACCGGGAUAUUCAAGAUCCUUCCAAGACUGUGGGCUCUCGAUACGAUGCAGCAGAUCCAAUUUUCGGCCAUUUCUUUGGCACGACAACUCACCAUUGGCACAUUUAUGAACGUUAGGGAACUUGCUAAACGCCUUAAUGAAGACGAAGAUUCACCGGCCCACUAUAGGACAAAUAUCUCUCUACUCAUUGCUCUCUUCGACCGGACAGAUGUAGAACCAAUCAAAAUGGAGAUCUCACGAUUAAUCACAUCCGUUUGUCGCGUUACCAACAGCACCAAGGCCCGCACCCCCGAACAACUUGUAGUAAUCCGACAUAAGUUCUUCACAAUGCAUCCAGAUAUUGGCAGACCUCUCGGUUUCAUGGUCUCGCAAACCAAAUGGCCAGUCGUGAGGAGCGAAGGUUGGUUUGUCUUCGCACUCAUGGCGCGUUAUCCAGAAGGAGCCCAAUGCAUCAGCGAUCUUAUGCACGACGUCGCUGUUUUCGCACCUUUAGUCGAAAUGCUCACAGGCAAACGACUUGUCGACUACCAACCUACGUCUCCUAGAUCCGAAACCACAUCACCAGCAUCGUCGUCCAACCAACCGUCACCCUUCAAUUUCGAAAGCAAAUCUCCCGAGAGCGUACAGCCCGAUGCGCGAGCCGAAGAAAUGGCACGAAUCGAUCGAGAGAAUGCUUUGGUGCUAAUCAACGAGUUGUUGAAGAAUAGGGGAAGUGAUAUGGCUCUUAUGCGGCGAACACUAUUUGAAGAUCUGUUGAAGGGUGGCUCGGAGAUUGUCAGUAGUUAUAAGGAAAGUAAGCCGAAUUGGAGUACGGAUGUGAAGCCAAAGGAGAAGAGGAUCAGAGCUGAUUUGAACAUGACGCAAGUUGCUGAGCAGAGUUCUAUGGAGCUUUCGUAG